UCUGAACUCAGAGCUUUUCAACCCGAACGAGUUCGAAGUCAGGACAUGCAAAUUGUUUUGAAUACAAUUCAUGUUGCCACGAGAUACGUCGGAUUGUAAACUUAGAGCACCUCGACUCUUUCCCUUUGCACACUCCCUGAUGAGGUCCAAGCAACAGAGCGCUCGCGUGUGAUUGGUUCAUUUCUCACCACUGACUCGGUGAAGUAGGACUCUCUUCAUCGGAUUGGACAACGCAACUUGAAAGAACAACGAAAUCAUCGCUGAUUGGCUCAUUUUGAAUAACUACCUCGGUGAAAUCUGACCAGAUGUCAUAUCAGUCAAUUCAAAACUUGGUUCUGAUAAUGUGAUAAUGUGAUGUGACUUUUUUCGUCGGUUGUAUUGCCCAAAGGUGGCAUUUAUUCUCGUUUUGUGUCGCGUGUUAAGGCGGGAUUGCGGACCAGAGGAUAUCACUGUGCUCAUAUCAAUAUAUCAUCGCCACUCUCUCGUUAUUGGGUCAAUUACAUAUACAUUGAGGUUCGGAUAAUAUCAUGAUUUAGUUUCAUUGACAUAUUGAGAUUAGUGGCACAGACAUUGUCCAGGAUUGUUUGGGGAUGUCUGUAAAGUUGGACUGUGGAUGUGUCGCACGUGGCUGUUUGAAACAUACUGCGAUGUGAAGUGCCCGAAUAUGUUAUCAUCACAAAAACACGGAUGUAAGAUCGCGGUCGGAUACCCUGAACAUUUGUGGCGUCGUUCCUAUACACGCCUCGACUUCAAGUAAAUUUCUCGUAGAAUGCCUCGCCAAUUGGCAGGGGUAUGGGAUCCAAACUCCAGUGGGGCCUUCGUCAAAUGAUGCGGCAAAAGUGAUCGCCAUUGUCUGGGUUUGACGGCAUGACAGCAUGCUCUCAAGAUGGCUGCAGCGAAUCAGAAGGAACCCCAUCAUCGUCACAUUCCUAGUGAUCAUCAUCUUCGGCAAUGCCUUCUUCAUGGUGCAGAUGUCCGAGCAGAGGGAGCGGGAGGAUGAACAGCUCGCCCAGCUCAUAGCACAGGCGAGAGCGGAUCGAGAAUCAGGCGGCGACCGCAACAACAUAAUUGCCAAAAUGGUCCAAGCGUUUGAAAAAGCAGACGAGUCGGAACUCCAGAAGAACUUGACCUUGAAGAUGAAGAAGUUAAAACAAGAGAAUGGGGCUCGGCGCAAUAAGUAUGUAGCUGCUUGGAAGCUAGCUGACGAGUCCAUCUCUGCCCAUGGGCUGUACGGGGUCGAUGAGGACACCGAGGUCAUACUCCAUGCACUCCACUUGGCGCCAAUAGUCAAGGUGGAUGUCUUCGGCGAUGAGGCUUCCUACAGUACUGGGACUUCACAUAAAUGGCUGCUGACGCUGGACGGAGGACAGCUGGCUGUAUUCAAACUAAUGUGGGAGACGAAAGGAGAGCAGAAACCUAACGGGAGCUGUAACUCAGGAUUCGAGAUGCCAUCGUCAGAGAUUGCAGCAUUCCAGCUUCAUAGGUUGUUCGGCCUGUACAACACUCCAUACGUCUCGGGGAGGAAGGUGGCUAUAGGGACUGAGAUUCUUCCGGUCGCCACUGAUGCAGUGAAGAGACAGAUCCGACAAGUGGGAGAGAAUGAAUACUGCAUCACAGGCAAGUGUUUCCAAUGCAAGUUGCAGAAGGAGAUCUGUUUACCAGGCGGGAGAAUAGAGGGCGCUGUGAUCUACUGGAUACCAAAACCGCUCAAGUUGCACACAUUGCCUCCUAUGUAUCAUCCUUUCGCUACAACGAAUAUGAAAGACUGGAAGAUGUACAACCUGAAUGAAAACGCCUACUGCUUAGACAUUCCCAAGAGGUUUCCCUUCUACAAUGAGCUGAAGAAGUACCUGGACAUCUUUGACUUUGCCUUACUGGACUAUGUCAUGCAUCACUUUGAUUCCAAGCAUUAUACUAUAGAUGGUGGGGAGAGUGCAGUCCCUGGGCUCACAAUCAGGUUGGACUUCGGACGGGCAUUCUGUUAUUAUGAUGAUGACAGGGACGACAUCCUGCUGGCACCAUUGAGGCAAUGUUGCACACUCCGUCGCUCAACCUGGGGGCGAAUGAUGACACUACAAAAUGGCCUCCUCUCGAAAGAGUUGGCUAGGUAUAUGAGAUGGGAUCCUCUCAACCCCGUCCUCGGUCAGAAGUACUACACCGCCCUGAACAGACGGAUGAGGAAGGUCGCUGUGGUGCUGCAUGAUUGUGCCCAGGCUAAAGGGGGCAUCGAUAAUGUUCUCGUGAAUGAUUACUAGAGGUUUCGAAUGGACACUCAAAGUAUGACUCCUGGGUGUGACGGAGGUAGCUCACUGUCACAACCAUCUUCUGACCUAAAACAAUCCAACAGAACCUGCAAAGAGACGAGCAACACCAGAACUUUCUGGUGCGCCAUUGAUGACACAUCUACUGGUGUUGCUCAUUGAGGACGGGGGGGACUCCUCCUAUUCGGUUCAUGUGAUCAUAGUGUAUAUACAGUACAUGUAAAUUAUUUGACGGGAAUGAGCCGUGACUGGAUCGUUUGUUAAUAAUGUGAUCGUUUUUUAUGAGACAUUUUCCAAUAAAAAUUGGGAUUUGAUGAAGACCUAUUCAUUUGACUUGUCCCCAUCGGCUUCAUGUAUUAGAAGUUCCCAACACUAAAGAGUGCAUCCCGGUGGCAAGAUUGUCGAGUAGCUACGAGUUCCUGUCGUCAGAUGGAGCUUCUACCUGCACCCAAGCCACCAGCCUGGCAGUUAACGAACACCCUGGUGGUCUCGCGACCCGAUGAACAGGCUAGUGGAGGACGGUAGACGGUUGUUGGGACUGUUUUUGCAGGCGAUGUGAAGGCUCGUUUUGGUGACAAGACGGACGACAGAAGCUGGGAAUGAUAGAACAUCUUGCCGACAAGAUAUCCAAUUGGCUGGAAGACAGCAGAUGGUUGUGAACGGCAGGCGGCUGGAGGAUUGUACACAAGAUUGUCGACGGCAGUUCCACUCUUCCACUCUCGGACCUGGCAA